AAUCUCUAGAAAUACUCUAAGAACGACCUCGGCUCUUCGUCUUGUUGACCUCGGUCAGAUAAUAUAGCAUCACUACCCGGCAAACCCCAGAUUCAACGAAUUACCCAGUCUUUGUACAACAUAUAGUGUAAAUCCAGCGAUCAGAACAUCCGGAGUAAUGGCAGAGGUUAAUAUGGAGCCGGCUACUGCUAAUCGCGGCCAUAUUACAAAACCUGACCCGUUGGAGAAUACGUACGUAUACGACAGAUCCGAGUUUGCGGAGGGUUCUUUCUUGGUAUUUACCACGGCAAUCACUGCUCCAGCUCGAGCCCCAACUUCUCCAGCUUUUGGCCACGAAGCUGUCUCGGAUAGGAUCCGGGGGUGGAGUGUGGAUGCGGAGCGGAACCAGCCCUAUGUGAAGAAGUUAACGAAUGUGGAUGGAAGCAGCUGGGGAAAUGGGGAGCUCGACAUGGCGUCGUUGCCUUGGGAUGUGAGCCUACAUACGGCGCGGAACGAAGACGACUCGCACCGUACGCGGUAUGGCCGUCGAGCCAUGUUUACUCUGGCCUGGAUCCUUGGUGGUCUCUUGUUAGCCCUGGAUUCACAGCGCGACGGCGAUGGCGUCACCACCGAAAUUGCUCGACGCUGGAUAAUUGCCGGAGAGAUUGGGGUUGGCGACACAGUGUGGAGAGAUAUUGUCUAUCCUGGCUCUAGACAGGCUGCCUGCGAGGGAAUUUCUGAAGAAUCGCUUCGGUGGGAUUGUCGGAUAGCUUGGGGUGAGGAACUGACGUCGGUAGCGUCCGGGCAUCGGUCUAUGAAGUUGUAA